AUGGAUGACGUUUUAACCGGUGAGUCAGAUAUUAACAAAGCGAAAAAUCUAGUAACCGAAUUGAUAGAUUUAACUGAAAGGGGCGGCAUGCACAUAAGACAAUAUGCCUCCAAUGAACCGAGUCUUAUCUCCUUACUAACAAAAAACGAAAACGAUUCUCACCAUUGUUUAAAUUUAGGAGACACGACAAAAACGUUAGGCGUUUAUUGGAACCCAAAGUCGGAUCUAAUCACUUAUUCAGUAUCGAUGUCAAAACACAACUUACCGAUAAUAAAGAGGACAAUACUUUCGUUAACUGUCCAAUUGUUUGAUCCUCUCGGUCUCUUAGGCCCAGUCAUUUUAAUAGCAAAAAUUCUAUUACAAACACUAUGGCUAUUAAAAAUCGAUUGGGAUGAAUCCGUACCGCAACAUAUACACACUGCUUGGUGUACGUAUCGGGAUGAAUUACCUCUUGUUCAAAACGUCAAAAUCGACAGAAAAAUAGUUGCAAAUGAUUAUCGUGCAUUACAACUACACGGUUUCUGCGACGCAAGCGAAAAGGCGUAUGGAGCCUGUAUUUAUCUCCGCUCAACAAAUGAGUUAGGAGAGAAUUGCACUCAAUUGAUAUGCUCUAAGUCAAGAGUUUCACCUUUGAAAAAAUUAUCUUUGCCUCGUCUCGAACUCUGUUCUGCAUUAUUAUUAGCGAAUUUACUCGAACCGACAGUUCGUGCGUUGCGUAGAUUAAAUAUCGAAAAAACAAUUCUUUGGUCGGAUUCAACUAUCACAAUUCAUUGGAUAAGAAGUUCACCACACACUUUAAAAACCUUUGAAUCCAAUCGCUUAAAUAAAAUUCAAGAGUUAACAAUCAAUUGCGAAUGGCGACACAUUCGUACCGAACACAAUCCUGCCGAUCUAAUUUCGCGAGGCCUUUCUCCUAAAGAAAUUUUAAAUAACAGUUUGUGGUUCAAUGGUCCUGUAUGGAUUAAUGAAAAAGAAGACAAUUGGCCCUUUUCAAUCGUUAAAACCGAUGAAUUAUUAAAAACACAAGAAACUUUCGUUAAUUUAGCGUAUAACAAAACAAAUGAACGAAAUAGAGAAACGCGUGUCAAUGAUCUCGAAAACACUCUCUUUAAAGAAAAGGGUUCUCUCAUUGAAAUUUUGCGAAUUAUAGCUUAUUGUCAACGAUUUAAAGAUAUUAAAGUUCGCAAGUUGGAAUCGACUAAUAUGUUCGUUCCAAAUGAUUUAAAUAAAACCAUGAUUUGCGCGAUAAACAUUAUUAAAGUUUGCAAACUAAUGCUCUCUCCCCAAACGAAUUGGAUAGGGCUAUGA